UGGCUGUUGUUGCCUAGCAACAAAUUCCUGUGCUGAGGGCUUUGCCUGUUCUUCCAGCUUCUCACAGGAUAUGGACCCACCUGAUGACCUUUAGACGCGGGUCUUCCUUCCAGAACCAGAAACUCAACUGAAGGGUUUCUGUUGGUUGAUGUGCUUCUGUUCUCCAGCAGAAAGGAGAAGAGAACCUGAAGGACGGCGUCUGCAGACGGCGGCAGCCGUGGUGCCGAGGCCCUGAGUCUUAUCAGAGAGAGCUCCGGGUUCCAACCAUCCAGCUCCCAGAGCGUCUUCUGCUUUGCUUCCAGAUCAGCAGAGUAAAAUCGCCUGGUUCCAGCUUGAUAAUGACCGUCUGGAUUUGGAUCGGCUUGGUGAUAAUCCAGCUGAGCUCAGCUCAGGAACCGGACCAGAACAGAGAGGCUCAGGAUUCGGACCGGAUGAGAGGAAGAGGCUUCUCCCUGCAGGUGUGGCAGUUUGUUAAAGACUCUGCAGGUGAUGCAGACUUCAAGGCGCCGCAGUUUCUCUGCAGCAACACGUCUCUUUCUGUUCGCUUCUCCCUCAUCAGACACUCUGACCUUCGUCUCCAAGAUGGAAGAAGGUUGCUGUUGCUGCCUGACGGAUGUGCUGGUUCCAUUCGGACCUUUAGACUGUGGGUUCUGUUGGAGCUUCCCUUCUCCUGCAGCCUCCUCCUAUCACAGAUGUCCAGUGGAAACUCAUUUUACCAGCUGUCUCUGCUCUACUACGAUCACCUGCUGAAGAAACAAAAAACAGCUGUUGCCACUUGCAGGAAUCCUACCGCCGGCCAGCAUCUAGCCUCACCAGAUAUGAGCCACCAAAAUAAAGAUGUUACCGUAAAGCUACCUCAGGUGAAUUCUUCACUCGAAGAAAGAGAAGGUGGACGAGAACGACGACCAAGAGCUCUGCUGGUCAACCCUGUUAGGUCAAGCAACAAGACAUUCACAGUUACCAGUUUUAAAACUUCAACCGCCUCCCCUCCUCAAUCUCCACUCAAUCCAAGUGCCACUAACAUACCGACCUCAAGGUCAAUGACGCAUCUUUCUAUGUCUUUAUCUACCUUGAAUAAUAAUCGCACUAUGACUACAUCAAUAGCGGCCAAAGCUGAGGUAAUGUCCACCACAGGCUCAACUUUCCCCUGUAAUCCCUGUUCAACAGACUCUCAGACAACAACCUCUAGUUUUCCUAUGAUCUCAAACUACUCUUUGACCAGAAAAGAGGAUCAGAAUGCUGACAAGCAUGAUUUAGCUUCAACUACCAUCCAUCCAAUCUCUACCAGUAACAACUCAGUAGACUCUGAAAACUCCAUCAUAUCCUCCGAUGAUCAAACUAGCAUCUCUGCUGAGCCAACUUUGACCAAAGCCUCCACAACCAAAACUACAACCACAUUAAUCACAUCAAUAACGGCCAGUCUGGCAUAA